AUGGGCCGCGCUCAAAGGCCACAAAAGUCUGUCAAGCCGUCGCAUAAGGUCCAGCGCAAUACCAAGGCGGCAAAUGUAGCUGGAUACGCGAAACGCCAGUCGCGCCAGUCGAAAACACCCACGGAGGCGGCCAUAGCCAACAUAUAUGAACAUCAGCAGGAGAAAGUUAGACGUGGAAAGGUGAAGCUUCAAUAUGGGAGGGAUGAGCUAAUCGGUGCCGGGCGAGAUGAUAGUGGGAGUGAAAACGAUGACAUGGGAUACAGUGGGAAGCAACGCGCUAAGCCCAGACUUGUGGGCGAGGGUGAGGACAGUGAGCAGAUCGGAGAAGACGAGGAUGAAGAAAUCGACAGCGACGAAGCAUCAAGCAAUGAUGGGUCGGAUAACGAGGCAUUGGAACAAGAAGCGUUAGGAGGAGAGGGAUCAGAUGACGAGGAGCCGAGCGAGGAUGAGUCGGACGAGGAAGAUGGUUCUGAUGCUGAAGACCAAGUGUCUGCUUUGGAGGAAGAUGGAGAGGACUCGGCAGCGUUGCAGGAGCUUGAGCGUUUUGUCACUGGGUUGGACGCAGGGCAGAAGCGAAAAAUGCCAGACGGAAAUGAUGAUGAGCGGGGGACUGAAGGAGACGGAGACGGCCAGAGGGAAAGGAAGAGGCGACUACUCAAGGAGAAGACGGAGGCGGGAGAAGAGAAUGAGUUUGCUGCUCAUCUCGGAAGCGGGAAGCUUAAGCUCGAGGACCUGCUUGCUCCACUUACAUCACAGUCGUCGAAUCUGGCAUCACUCAGAAAAUCGGCCAAGCUCCUUGUGUCGCAGUCUGGGGGUAACAAAACUUUGACCGCACCGCUGCCGCAGCGAGUAGCUGAGCGGCUGGAUCGUGAGGCUGCCUACGAACAGACAAAAGAAGAAGUGGACAAGUGGAAAGCUACCAUGCAGCGCAUUAAAGAGGCCGAGCAUCUUAGUUUUCCGCUCCAAGCUCAACCCACAGGGAAGACUUCGAACUUGGAGCUUGCUGCGAAAUUCAAGCCAACCACUGAGUUGGAGAGCGCGGUUGACAGACUACUCAAAUCGGCCAAGCUGCGCGAUGACGACAUUGCUCAAACCGAGUCGCUUAAGAUGAACCAUCUUUCCGUGGAAGAGGUUGCAACGCGUCGAGCAGAACUUGCCAAGAUGCGCGAUUUAAUGUUCCGAGCUGAAGCGAAGGCGAAACGGGUUGCAAAGAUCAAGAGCAAAACAUAUCGUCGCAUGAAAAAGAAAGAACGUGGACGACUAGCAGCGAAGUUGGGUGAAGGUGAGGAAGACGAGGAUGAAGAAGACGAGAAUGUACGGAUGCGAAGGGAGACAGAACGGGCGAGGGAGAGAGCCACGUUGAGGCACAAGAACACCGGGAAGUGGGCAAAAGCGAUGAAGGGAAGAGGGGAAUUGGAUCAAGAUCAGCGUAGAGAGAUCUCCGAGAUGUUGGAGAGGGGCGAGAAGCUGCGAAGAAAAAUUAGAGGAGACAAGGAGAGUGGAGAUGAAGAGAGUGAUGAGGAGAGCGACGAUGGAGAAUCUGGAGAAGAUGCAAUCCAGCAGAUCAAGACGAGCGCGUUUGAAGAGCUUGCAAGUCUCAAUGACGGUAUGAAUGCAGGUGAUGUAGUGGGCAGGAAUACGGGCAAGAGCAUAUUUGAGAUGAAGUUCAUGAAGAAUGCAAUGACUCGAGAACAGCGGAAGGUCGACGAGAUAGUCGAUGAUUUCGUCAAAGAGAUGGGCGGCCCAGUUCCUGAUGAAGAUGUUGAGGGUGAGGUGUUGGCGACUGGUGAGGAGCGACCGUACGGAACAGCGGUCCAGCGCACUGGUGGUCGUGUCACAUAUCGCCCGGGUGCUCCUGUGAUCUCCGCACCCCGACCAGGGAGGUCAUUUGAAUCCGACACCUCCAGUGUUACUCUGAAAUCUACUGACCUUGUCGGUUCCGGGCAACCGGAUUCGCUGAUGACGUCUCCCGUAGCUGAGCGUUCAUCACCUCUUUCCCCACCGGAAGUUGUCAACCCAUGGCUUGUUCGAGCGGACGGCGCAGAUAGGCCUCUCCAGAAAAAGCAUGAAAUUGCGAUCAGCAAGAGCAGUGCUAGUGCGGAGAAAUCAAAAAACAGGUUGUGGAAACGACAAAUGAAUCUGGUAGAGGAAAAGGAGAAGGCCCAAGAAGAUGCUGCCGUGGACAUUGUAAUGACCAACGUCUUGACUCUGGAUGAAAGCAGCCACAAGUCCGCGCGUCCUUCUCCAAAGCAUAGCCAAUCCGCUUCAAUCACUGAUCAGAUACCUCAAUCAUCAAGAAAAAAUCGAGAACAUGGUGGCAGCGACUCCGAUGCCAAUAGCGAGGUCGAUGAGCAGGAAAUGCUUCUUGCUCAGAGCAAGGGCAAGGGUAAAGGCAAGGGCAAAGCGAAUGGUGUCCAAGCUUUUGAGCAACGAGACCUCGUUGCGCUUGCAUUUGCAGGCGACAAUGUUGUUCAGGAGUUCGCUGAGCAGAAACGUCGCGAAAUGAAGGAGGACGCACCCCACGAAGUGGAUACUACUCUACCUGGAUGGGGAUCGUGGGGAGGCAAAGGCGCUAAGAAAGCUCCGCCAAAACCUCACCUUAUUAAGAAGAUCGCUGGCAUAGACCCUUCUAGCCGUGCCGACUACAAGAAACCGCACGUUAUCAUCUCCGAGAAGCGUGACAAGAAAGCCGCAAAGUACCUUGUCAAAGACUUACCCUUCCCAUACACCUCCAAAGCGCAGUUCGAGCGUAGUCUCGCGGCGCCACUGGGCACUGAGUGGAAUACGCGUGUAGGAUUCCAGCGGGCGACUUUACCGAGGGUUGUCACGAAGCCCGGCACUAUCAUCUCCCCACUUGAGAAACUCACUUGA